AAGGCAGGUGGGUCAACUAGUUUAUUGAUUUGUGGCCAGCUAAAACUUGGAGAUCUUGAAGCGGAGCUGGUUGAGAUGAAUACAAACAGUGUAAAGUUGGAGCGCUCUUACAAUGAACUUCUAGAAUAUAAACUUGUUAUGCAAAAGGCUAGUGAGUUUUUCCAUUCAGCUCAAAGCAGUGCUUCUGAUCAGCACAUAGAGUUCAAGGAGUACAACCUUGUUGAGGGAUUGAUUGACAGUCCUCUGCUAUUGGAGCAGACUAUGUCAGUUGAUCCAGCAAAGCAAGUUAAGCUGGGAUAUGUCAGUGGCCUUGUUGCAAGAGAAAAAUCUAUGGCAUUUGAAAGGAUUCUGUUUCGUGCCACGAUGGGAAAUGUGUUUGUAAAGCAAGUUGCUGUAGAUGAUGCUGUUACAGAUCCUGUUUCUGGAGAAAAGGUACAAGCUGCAUUGGACCGGGCAGCUUUAGAUUGUAACUCACAAGUUGGGACUGUGUUCCAGGGUGACAACCAGACAAAUUAUGUGCCUGAAGGUACCGUAUCACACCUAAGUGACACGAAUCGAAUAUACUUGAAACUAAAGAAAUUGGCUGUCAAAUGUGCAUCUUCAGAGGCCCUGGUGACAGGACCUGCAGUUGAAACUCUUGCUUUUAUGGCAGGCAACUUAUUGAAUGAGGAUGUGGAGCAUGGAACUUUUUUAGAGCACAAGGAGGUUUUUGAAGAUUUGAAUGAGAAGAAUGAUGAAAGCUCGUUUGAUUCCACUACUUAUCCUUCAUUCAUAGCUCAGAAGCUUGGCGAUAUAAUGGACAUGACUUUUGGUGCCCGAUAUGUUAUUCUGAUGAUGGCUUUGUUCUCAAUAUACACUGGAUUUAUUUAUAAUGAAUUUUUUUCUGUACCCUUUGAAAUAUUUGGGCGCUCAGCUUAUGCUUGUAAUGACCCCUCAUGCAGGGAUGCUACUACAACUGGCUUAAUUAAGGCCCAUGAAACCUAUCCAUUUGGCGUGGAUCCUAAGUGGCAUGGCUCCCGGAGUGAAUUGCCUUUUCUUAACUCUUUGAAGAUGAAGAUGUCAAUUCUUCUAGGUGUAGGUCAGAUGAAUCUUGGAAUGAUUCUCAGCUACUUCAAUGCAAAAUUCUUUAGAAAUGACGUAGAUAUCUGGCAUCAAUUUAUUCCCCAGAUAAUUUUUUUAAACAGCCUUUUUGGCUACCUUUCACUGUUAAUAAUUGUGAAAUGGUGCACUGGUUCUCAAGCUGAUCUCUACCAUGUUAUGAUAUACAUGUUUCUGAGUCCUACUGAUGACUUGGGAGAGAAUCAACUAUUUGCCGGGCAAAAGUACCUUCAGAUUUCGCUGUUAUUACUUGCACUGGUUGCUGUUCCAUGGAUGCUGUUUCCGAAGCCAUUCAUUUUGAAGAAGCAAUACCAGGAAAGACAUGGACAUGGAAGUCAAUCCUACGAUCUGCUUCACAAUACCGAUGAUGCAUUUGAAUUAGAAACGGACGAUCAUAAGCACGGGGAUGAAGAUUUUGAAUUCAGUGAAGUUUUUAUACAUCAACUAAUUCAUACCAUUGAAUUUGUUCUUGGAGCAGUCUCUAAUACGGCUUCAUACCUACGGCUGUGGGCUCUCAGUCUAGCGCACUCAGAGUCAUCAAGUGUGUUUUAUGAAAAAGUUUUACUCCUUUCAAUGGGGUUCGACAAUGUGAUUCUCCUCAUAAGUGGAAUAAUAGUAUUCGUGGGUGCAACGGUGGGCGUUCUUCUGGUGAUGGAAACUCUGAGCGCCUUUUUGCACGCGUUGCGGCUUCACUGGCUUGAGUUCCAGAACAAGUUUUACCAGGGGGGUGGGUAUAAAUUCUCUCCCUUUUCUUUCCCCACAAUUGGUGAGGAUGAUGACUGACUUUGCCAUUCUUUCCUGUCUACAUGAAUGGAAUAUAUGAUAGAGAGGUUUAUAGCAACUCUACAGUUGAAGUUUAACUUUGAAAAUUGCCAUUAAUCUCCACCACAUUGUCUCUGUCUUGGGAGUAAAAUGAAGGUGGUUGUUUUAU